AUGCCGUUGAUGCGGGAGGACGAAGCGGUGCGCCUGCCCGUGCCGGAACAGCAGGAAGCGCAACUCCAGAUGCCGAUUCAACCGACGAGAGCGAACCAGGAGAGCGGAGCCAACAUGACGACAGGUUUUUUUAUGACCGGGCCUGAGGUGAGCCGCGUUGGUAUGCGUAUGCCAGAGUUUACUCCAGCCGAUCCGAAGCUCUGGUUUAAUAUAAUAGAUCGCAGUUUCCAGGCGGCCGGAAUUACCAGUGAAACGACGAAAUUCGGUUACGCGUUGACCGCGCUAGGGCCGACUUACACGGCGGAAGUGCGGGACAUUAUAAUGAGUCCGUCCGCGGAGCGUCCGUGCGAAGCGUUAAAAACGGAAUUGAUAAAAAGACUAAGUUUGACGCAGGAGCACAAAACGCGUCGGUUGCUCGAGCACGAGGAAAUCGGCGACCGAAAGCCGUCGCAAUUUUUGCGGCAUCUUCGUACCCUCGCGGGUAAUGUCGUGGGGGAUACGGUGUUGCGAAUCAUUUGGCUGAGCCGGUUGCCGGCGUACAUUCAACCGCAUCUGGUGACGCGAACGGCGGAUACCGUGGACCAAUUGGCGGAAAUUGCGGACGCGAUCGUGGAGGCCACCAAGGCACCCGUAUUCCAUGUGUCAGAGGCGUCGCGGGCGUCGGCGACAACCGGGGCGAGUGAUCCCGCCUCGAUGGAAGCAUGGAUGGAAAUCAAAUUAGCUCAGAUGCGAUUGGCACUGCAGCAGGAGGUGUCGGACCAGAUAAUGGCGCUUAGGAAAUCCAUCGAAGCAAUCACGGAGGAGCGGCCUCGCCGGGGCCGUGAUCGGGGCCGGGGCCGACCGCGUUCGGGCUCGCGCCCGCGUGCGCGUUCGCGUAGCCGGGGCCAUCCGGAGAGUGGCCUGUGCUGGUACCACUGGCGAUUCGGUUCGAACUCUUACAAGUGCGUGCAACCUUGCUCAUGGCAGCCGCAGCAGGGAAACGCGGAGGCCAGUCGCGCGGAUCUCUGCGUGUACCCGCGUAAGAUGGUGCGCGGGCCACGUAAGAGAUCGACCUACGAACUCUCGGCAGCCAACGGUUCGACGAUUUAUACAUAUGGCACAGAGACGUUAACGCUGAAUUUCGGAUUGCGGCGGGCAUUAACGUGGCGGUUCGUGAUAGCAGACGUGGCGAGACCGAUAAUCGGCGCCGAUUUCUUGGCACAUUACGGACUUAUGGUCGAUUUAAAAAAUUCGAGAUUACGUGGCGGUUCGUGA